GUUUCUGCCGCGCACGGAGAAGACCGUGCGAAAUAAAGUCAAAACUCCAGUCGUUUUGUGUGCCUACAGCGAAGAAACGAAAAAAACUUCAUCGGAGAAGUUCACAUUACGGAUCUACAUUUAGUCCGCAUCGCGUCAAUCUGUGGAUAGUUGUACGAUUUCGCAAUAUUUUAACACCGAGGGUUAUAUAAAUGUAGUGACGGAGAAAACAGAGCUUUAAGUGCAGCACGUUAAGCGACAGAGGAAUUAGUAUUUUGCACAGCUAAUAACGUUAGUGUAGGGACAGUUCAGAGGCGGUUUGCUUGUUAGCUAACGGAUCCCCAGGGAGGGAAUAAUACAACUUGGACCCACAGCUGAGUGCUUUGGAGGAAGACACUGGUCGGCUUUCCGCGCCCUUGGUUUGCUAAAGUUCCCCGGCGGUAAGGUGCAGCCACGCCGGGGGAAGGCACAGCGCGACGGCCGCUACUCCCCGGCUAGCUCGCCUGCUGCUUCUGUUUCGUGGAUCGGGGCCUUGUCGGUGAGGCGACAAUGCUUGACAUAAUGUCCGAGCACCAAGAUUCACUGUUGUCGUGCAAAACGGAACCUUUGCCACCAGAGAGGAAAAAGAGGACUGUUGAGGACUUCAACAAGUUCUGCAGCUUUGUCCUGGCAUAUGCUGGUUACAUCCCCAGUCCAAAAGAGGAAAGUUCAUGGUCCCCAACAUCAUCCAGCUCUGCACACAGCUCAGGGUUGUCAGCAGAUGGAGGCGGUGGAGGCAGCAGCUCCACUGGCAACACUUGGGCGGACGGAAGCUCCGACAUCCACACCAUCCACACAUUUGUCCGUAAAGCUCGGGCAAACAAGGGCAAAAACAUUCGGCGCAUGCACUCUGAUAGCACUCUGCUGGACAAGAUGCGCCUUAAAGACUCCCUGUACGACAGCCAGGCCAGCACAAAGGCCGAGCGCAAGAAGGACAAAAAACUGAAAAAGCUGUCGCUGGGUUCUGCCAUGACGGCGGCAGAUAGCGGCAGCAGUGAAGGCGAGAAAAGAGCCCGCAUCAAACGCAGCAAAAACUCAAAACAGCCAAAGCCUAAGAAGCUCAAAAGCUCAGCUGCUCAAAGUGAGACAGACUCAGAGGCACGGCAUACAGAGGUACGAGCUGCCAGAGAGGAGCUGUCGGAGCAUGGGGGCUCCACCCCGAGCAUGCAGGGCCUGGGGAAGAUGCAGGCGGACGAGUCCAUCAGGGAAGCAGAGAUGAGCUCCAGUGAGGGGGAGACCUGGAUCGCUGAUGAAGACAUUAUGGUGGAGUCAGGGGACGAUUCUUGGGACUUGAUCACCUGUUACUGUGGGAAGCCAUUCGCGGGACGGCCCAUGAUCGAGUGCAACCAGUGCGGCAUAUGGGUGCACUUGUCGUGUGCCAAGAUCAAAAAGUCCAACGUUCCCGACAUCUUUUACUGCCACAAGUGCAGGGACUUGCGGCGGUCUGGACACAAAAAAGACCUGUAGACGUGAAGAGGACGGGAGGGGCCGAGCACCCACCCUGUUUUUGCUGUCCUCUUGACACUUCGUUUUUUCUUUGAUGCCUACAGCCAAAACAGCCUAAAGUAUCACCUGGAUGGCGACUGUAUUGUCAGUUUGUAGGAUUUCUUUUGACAAUCACAACCAUUCUUAUUUAUCCCUCACGGUUUCUUUUUAAAAAAAAAAAAAUUCUUUGGUUACUGUGAAGAACUGGACAGAAGGCAACAGUGACAGGGGAGAAUCAUUUAUUUGUUACUAAUUAAUUCCUCCAUUAAUUGGCUUUCUUGUUGUAUACUGUGCUGAUAGUGUGCACAUAAACUUUCACACUUGUAUUCACUUAAGGUGCAUUUUGACUUGUUAAUUAUUUCUCGAGGAUAUCGACAAAGCAGUGGCAAUUUCCUUUAGUGUCUCAAGGAGAAGCGUUUUCAGUUUCCUCUGAAUUUCAAAUCAAUGCAAGUUUUGAUAAAAUUCAAAGUGGGAGAGAUUGAAAUCAAUUUGUUUAGAAGUAUUUCAUAAUGCUAGAUGGGCAGCUCAUUUUUAUUUUCGAUUGUAUCUUGGCGAUUUAUUUUUGAGCUUGCGUUUUUGUUUUCAGUGAUAAUCACUGAACUUUAAAACAUAGAGAUCUCACUCCUCUAGAAGACAAGAUCUUUAACUCCAUAGAAUCUGUCAUUUAUUAUCGCUACAUUUCAAAUUGCACACACUAUUCUUUCGGCAGUGCACUUUUUUUUGGGAUAUGAUGAGCUACGGCGCCUGUAGCUGUGUACAUUCAUGAUUAAGCGCUUACUGUUUCUUCCUGUCUGGCUUGUUAAUCUAUUAUAGCCAUUUACCAUGAACAACAUUUACAUUGAAAGCUGUUGAUGUUUUUGUUUCAUGUGUGGUUUUAGUUUGUCAUGUUUAAAAACUCAUCUGAUAUGAGGGCGUAACCUUGCUGUAAGAGGAAUUGGAUUGGCAGUGCUUCACAAUAUCAAAGUGGCUCCGAGGCUCGUUUAUGAAUGGUUGUAAAAUAUUUGUUUUUUUCUGUUUUCAUGUUUAUUUCUUAGCUUUCUGAGAAGCGGGAUUAGGGAUGCGACCCGCAUCAGAGAAUGGACAUAAGAUUGUCUCACAUCGAGAACAAAGUUGUAGUGUACAGAAAAAUAAGUUGACGCUGCGUAGGUUGCAGCGUUUUGUUUAUGUUGUUUGGUUUUACCAUGUGCUUUUUCUUUUGUUGGUGGGAGAGUCUUGGUAAGUCUCCGGUAGCAGUUGCACUCUCUCUACGACUUCAAUUCUGUGUACAUAUCCUGUUCUUUGACAACUGUACAUAUGUGAAAGUGAAGAGAGAAAAUACCCAAGCAAAAUCUAUAUUUUCUGCAGUCUGAUAUUGUUUUCUUUAAUUGUAGCUUGACAAAUAAAAGUCUUUGGGAACAUAA